UUUGGGUAACAGGAAGUUGCACGGGCGCACGCCGGUAGUUACCCAUUACACAUGGCCGCGACCACGAGAUAAUUUCAUCGUUUUUUCUUACAUAAUGCAGGGAUAGUCUUUAUUUAACUUAAAGUACUCAAGGGCAUUAGUAAGGCAUUAUUUGAAAAAUGGGGAAUUCAUCAUCUACCCCUGCUGUUCCUGCGCCAACCAAUGUAGAGCCGCCAUCACCUACAGUACCUGUUACUCCUUCACAACCUUCCAAUUUGACACCGCCACCACCGGUCGUUGCACCAGAAGUAAAAGUUCCAAAUGACGUCAAAGAAGAAACUAGUACCAACCCAGGCACAUUUGAAGAGAUGCACCGAAAGUGCAAAGAGCUCUUUCCACAGACUUUUGAGGGAGGAAGAUUCUUGGUGUCCAAAGGGUUGAGCAGUCAUUUUCAAGUCAGUCACACUCUCACAAUGUCCCAGGUGUCUCCACAAGACUCAGGAUACAAGUUUGGAGCUACUUACAUAGGAACCAAACAGUUCAGUCCCUCAGAGGCAUAUCCAGUGCUGAUGGGAGACAUUGAUCCAUCAUUGAAUUUAAAUGCCCAUAUCAUACAUGCAUUUACUAAGAAAGUUAGAGCCAAGCUUCAGUCUACGGUACAAGAAGGAAAAUUUAUGGGUCAGGGUUCAAUAGACUACUUAGGUGAUGAUUUUACCUCCACAAUGACCUUGGGAAAUAUCGAUAUAAUGAAUAAAACGGGUGUCAUGGUGGGACAUUACCUACAAAGAGUGACUCCGGGGGUAGCAUUAGGAGCCGAAUUAGUAUAUCAACGGGGGCCUAGGGUUCCUGGAGGAGAAAUUGCUGUUCUCUCUCUAGCCUCUAAAAUUACAGGUGAAAACUGGCAAUUCACUGCCAACAUUUGCCCAUCAGCAAUUGCAGCACAUUGUUGCUACUAUCACAAAGUAAAUGAACAAUUACACAUUGGAGCUGAAGUGGAGUCCAGUCUGAUGACACAGGAGAGCGUGGGCAAAGGUUGUUACCAGCUGGAGAUACCAGGUGGCAACGCAACGUUUAAAGGUUCUGUAGAUUCAAAUUGGACUGUAGAAGGUGUGUUAGAAAAGAAACUGAUGCCUUUACCAUUUACUCUGCAGCUAAGUGGGACAGCUAAUUUUGCCAAUAUUCAGAAAAGCCAAUAUAGAUUUGGAAUAGGAUUAGUUCUUGGCUGAGAGUUGUAAGCAAGAGUAUACUGUGAUCUUAAGCAUUCAUUCAUCUCUUCACUGGGAGAUGUGAGACCUAACUGACUUAUACCUGGAGACAAAGAUUGGAUUUCUUGUGGCGUAUGGCCACCAGCUUUUCAUCUUUAGAUGAGUGACAUCAUCCGGGUAGUUUGCUGAUAAUUCUCUUCAAGAGUCAAUGUUUUAUAUGAAUGUCAGUUUAAAUUUAAUUAAGCUGUACGUAGUAAGUGUGAUAAUCAUUAACUGGUAGCUUUGUGUGGUAUGUACGUAUAUAUCAAACAGUGGAAAUAUAUGCAAUAUAGACCAUUUUAAAAAAGGUAAUCAAGACAUGUGAUAUUGCCAAAGAAUGGCAUUACGAGUUUAUAUAAUUGAAAUAAUGGCAUUAGAGUGUACAAAAAUUUACAUUCGUUGUCUAAGAUUAUUUGCAUGUUGAUUUUUACAUGUUUAAAAAUCAGGUUAAACAGACAUUAUGAAGAAAAUAGUGCUAUAUCUGAUAUAUGUUAUUUUCGAAAAUUUUUACAUCAUGUGAAUUACUUUUCAUAAUAGAGUAUAUAAAACACAUAGCUUGUAAAAGAAGUGUUCAGAAUCAGCAGGGCAUCUGUCAAGUUUUAUCAUCACUGCCAUUAGAUUUUCAUCGGACAUGGUCUUUGCAUUGCUAACUUUACACUGAAUAAAUGUAUUUAAAUUCA